UGGUGUUGAUGUUUUUUUCUGGGUGUGUCUGUAGCUGUAGUUGAGGAGCAGCUCAAGUCAUUCCUGAUCUGCUGCUGCACCUGACGUGACGCGACUCUAUACACGAUGGCAUCUUCAGACGCUCUGUCCAAGGCCAACACCAACUUCUGUCUGGAUCUGUUCAAAGAGCUGAGUGAUAACGACAAGACAGAAAAUGUCUUCUUCUCUCCUUUCAGCAUCUCCUCAGCUCUGGCUAUGGUGAUGCUGGGAGCCGGUGGCAACACAGCCACACAGAUGUCAGAGGUCCUCAGCUUCACUGAGGCAGAGAGCCGGCGGCCUUGCAGAUCACAGCCCAUGCAGCAGAUGCAAAUGCAGCAGAUGCAAAUGCAGCAGAAGGUCCAGUGCAAAUUACCACUGCAUCUUCUAAAGAGUCUGAAAACCCAGCACUGUCGGGACGAUGUCCACAUUAACUUUGGCCAACUGUUGGAGGAACUCAACAAGCCAGGUGCUCCAUAUGCCCUCAGUGUUGCCAACAGGCUGUAUGGAGAGAAGUCCUACCAGUUUGUUGAGGAUUUCUUAGGAAAAACCAGAAAGCAUUACAAUGCAGAGCUGGAAGGUGUGGACUUCCUCACCAGCCAUGAGGCGGCAAGGCUCAACAUUAACACCUGGGUGGAGAGUCAGACACAAGGUAAAAUUAAGGAUCUGCUGGUCCAGGGUGUGUUGGACAACAUGACCAGGCUGGUGCUGGUCAAUGCCAUCUACUUUAAAGGCAACUGGAACAAGCAGUUUAAGGAGAGUGACACAACAGAUUCUCAGUUUAGACUCAGCAAGAAUAACUCCAAGCCAGUGAAGAUGAUGCACCAGAAAACUAAGUUCCCUUUGACCUUCAUCUCUGAGGCCAGCUGCCAGAUUCUGGAGAUCCCUUACAAAGGGAAGGAGCUCAGCAUGCUCAUCUUUCUACCCAUGGACAUAGAGGACAGUUCAACUGGUCUGGAGAAGCUGGAGAAGGUGUUGACCUACGAGACCUUUAUGGAGUGGACUCGCCCAGACAUGAUGGAUAUCACUGAGGUCCAGCUGGGUCUGCCUCGCUUCAAGAUGGAGGAGAAAUAUGACAUGAAGAGUGUGCUGGUCAAAAUGGGCAUGGUGGAUGCCUUUGAUGUGGCAAGGAGCGACUUCUCAGGCAUGUCUCCUGCCAACGACCUGGUGCUGUCUAAUGUUGUCCACAAGGCUUUUGUGGAGGUCAAUGAGGAGGGAACCGAGGCCGCUGCAGCUACUGCUGCCAUGAUGAUGAUGCGCUGUCUUCCGAUGCCUCCAGUCAAAUUCAUCGCAGACCAUCCCUUCCUUUUCUUCAUCCGCCACAACCCCUCCAUGAGUAUUCUGUUUGCCGGCCGCUGCUGCUCUCCAUAAGUGGGAGUCACAUUGUUGAGAGCAAUUUUUCUCUCAACUGGAGGCUGGCAAAAGUGUGGGGGUGUCACAACACACUAACAACUGCAAUAGCAUAUCUACUACCGAUUUUAAUCACACUCAGAGGUAACAUCCUCUAUUUUCCACACUAGGAUGACUACUUCUGAACGAUGGCUUUUUGUUUGCAUCACUUAUAUUAGUUAUUCUGGGUUUAUCUUUUCCUGUACUCUUUAUCCUUUUCACCUAAUAGGAUAGAUAGUACCUGAUUUACUUUUAUUUUACUUACUUUUACUUAGUUUGUUGCAAUACGUUUUGGCCCUUUUUGCUGCAGCCUCACUUAACUCUAGUUUUUUUUUUAUCUAGUACUUUACACUCUUUGAAGAAAUCUUCCUUCAUAACAUGUAUUGUGUGCCUUUUUCAGCCAGCUACAAAAGAAAUAUAGCUUGAACUUAUCAUGAUCACAUAAUCUCUGCACUUUAUGGACAGCAGGCUUUCCACUGGUUUUUAUAUUCAAUGAACCAAAGAGAAUAUUGAUGUGAAGUCACAUUAACAUAUAUAAACGUCCUUGAAGAUUAUAAAAAGUGUGGGUUUAUGUCAUUUAACCACUAUGCAAUGUAAUGAAUGGGUUGAAAACAAGUUUACAUUAGUUUUCAAUUAAAACCAAGUCAGUUAUAUUUUUCCUGUCAUGGAAUAAAAGUGUGAUACGAAAAUA